UUUCGUUUCAGUAUUUGAUCUAUUCUCUCUCAGCAUCCGUUGGAGAGGUGGUAGCAGGGAAGCAAAGGCAAAUUAGGCAGAGGCAGAGAUAAUGGCAAUUAGGUGCCCAAGACGUGGAGAGUGCUGGGAGUGGGCGAGAGUGUAUAUAAACUACUGUAUUUGCAGCGCAAGCGAUGAAGGGUCUUUUGCUUUGGGUUUGAUCAGUGUCAUAACUUGGAGUGUAGCUGAAAUCCCUCAGAUUAUCACGAACUAUAAGGAGAAAUCCAUUGAAGGGCUCUCUCUCGGUUUUUUGAUCACUUGGAUUAUUGGGGAUCUUUUCAAUCUUUUCAGUUGUAUUCUUGAACCGGCUACUCUUCCAACACAAUUCUAUAUGGCAGUUUUGUAUACAAUGACUACGUCAAUUCUUGCGGCACAGACUGUAUACUAUGGUCACAUUUAUCCUCAAUUAAAGUACAAAAGAGUCUGCCACAAGGGCUCCAAAGAGCGCCAACCUGAGGCUGUGGAAAAAGUUGGUAAACAGAGUAACAAUUUUGGUGUGAAAGAAGUUAUUGGUGCUGACAGAUUAAGUUCUCCUAUUCCUCUUCCAGCGAUUAAUGUAAAGAGUUCUCCUGGCAGGGAAUUAUACUACAUCAAGAUCUCUAUCAAGAAGUCAUACUCCCACAGCAGGAUCCUUCCUCGCACAAAGAAUGACUCCUCCUUCUCAUACAACAAAUUCAGUUGAAGAGCCAUUGCUCAGUGCACAUGUUUCUACCCAUUCUGCCUCUCCUCCAAGCACCAAAUCAUUGUUAUGCUUGGUAUCUGUAUUAAUGUUCAUUGCCACGUUUAAUUUCCAGCUUUCAGCAUUUAAUAAACUUCACAUAGAGCAUGAUAUAAUAAAUGAAGGAUUCGUGAUACAAAUCGGAAGAAAGCUGC